CUUGCACAUCAUCUGCCCUCCCUGCAGGUUGCUGUCCUGGAGAGCAAGCCCUGAGGUGUCCCUGAGCAAUGGCCCGGAGGUGAGCCCAGAGGUGGCCCUGAGGUGGCCCUGAGAAGAAGUGGAAGGCAGAGGUGGUGCUGAGGCAGGAGAGCCCCCUGCUGGGGAAGAGGCUGAGCUGGGAGUGCCCAGCAGCGAGAAGGUGCUGUGUCCAUGCCCUGUGUGCCAGGAUUUGUCCUUCCCAAAGUUUGGGCUGAUGGAGGAGGAGGCUGCGGAGAAGAGGAAAAGGCCACGGGCCCCCCAGGCAGGUGAGGAGGAAGUCAGUAGCCCUUUGGCCCUGUCUUGUGGUGCAUCUGUUGAGCAGCCUCCCAGCAGAGAGAAGCCCUUCAGGUGCUUGGAAUGUGGGAAGAACUUCAGACAGAGCUCCACCCUCCUCAACCACCAGCACAUCCACACUGGGGAAUGGCCCUACACAUGUAGGGAAUGUGGGAAGAGCUUCAGGAAGAGGUCCAUUCUCCUCAGCCACCAGCGCAUCCACACUGGGGAACGGCCCUACGUGUGUAGAGAAUGUGGGAAGUGCUUCUCCAAGAGCUCCAACCUCCACAGCCACCAGCGCAUCCACUCCAAGGAACGGCCCUACACGUGUAGGGAAUGUGGGAAGACCUUCAAGCAUAAAUGUGCCCUGACUCAACACCAGCAUUUCCACACUAAGGAACGGCCCUACACAUGUGGGGAAUGUGGGAAGAAGUUUAAGACCAGCUCAGCUCUCCUCGUCCAUGAGCGGAUACACACAGGGGAGAGGCCCUUCCGCUGCACCGACUGUGGAAAGGGCUUCUGGAACUUCACCCUCGUCACCCACCGGCGCAUCCACACUGGGGAGAGGCCCUACAAGUGUGAGGAGUGUGGGAAGAGCUUCACCCAGAGCUGUGCUUUGACCAGACACCAACAGACCCACCAGUAAGAGAAGCCCUAUGAGUGUCCCGACUGUGGGAAGAGCUUAGGCCGCUGCUCCCACCCCGAAUGUCCCCCUGAUGGUGAGGCAACCCCUGGAGUCCAGUGACUGUCAGUCCAUCCCUUUCUACCACAAAGGGUCAGUCCCCAUUUGCCAGGGGCAGGUUCUGCCAACAGAACCCUUCUUGGGGGUGUGUGGAGAUUCCUGCCUUGGCUGGGACCCCCCAAGGUCACUGCUGGAAGUUGAGAGCAGAGAUCUCCCCACGAGCGUUGGUCUGGGGGAGUUCCAUCCAUCUCUAAUUCAUAAUUCUUGCUUUGAUGCCAACUUGAGUAGAAUUGCUUCAACAAUUGCUUUAGUGUAGAGCACUGUCCUAUCUUAUGCUGUACUACUGGUAGUUUUAGUGUUUCUAUUGUGCAGGAAAUAAUUCUGAUGAA